AUGUCUAAACCAAGCGACGAGAUCCAUGGCGUGAUCCACGAGCACGCAAAACGACUAGUGCGGCUAAUCGACAAGAUCGGAGACGACGAGGUCGAGAGCAAUGAGCGCAGAGAGCGCCCUUCGAAGGUGAUCAUGACCGGCGGCCUAGCCAGGAUUUGUUUGUUCUACCGCAAGGUGGAAGAGCAACUGCGCAGGGAGCGAGUGGGUUCCAUGUAUUACCCCUACAAUGCCAUUGAUACGUGGAACGUCGUGGCAAUCGGUGCCGCCUUCUUUCGUCACCAGACCAUUCCCGUCGGCCGUCAGAUGGAGGAACAUGAGCCCCAGGACCAUGCAAUGCAGAACAGCGGUCUCUAA